GAGAGAGAGAGAGAGAGAGAGAGAUAAAAGACAGUGCGAUCGCAGGCUCUCCAGUUUAAUGAUUAAUUUUCGUAACUGCAGCUUUAUGUUUUUCAUGAAAGGUGUGAAUUAAAGGUCAAUUUGAAGAAAGAGUAAAGAGAGAGAGAGGCAGAGAGAUAGAGAGAGUGAGAGAGUGAAGUUCUUCCAUCUUUCUAACACGCAUGUAUCAUGGCUUUAAUCCAGACGUUUCUGAAGCUGCGAGGGUCUGUGAGGUCUGCGUCCCGUGCCUGGGGUUGUGUCCCCGUGCUGGUUGGAAGGAAAAGAUGCCAGCACACAGCGGCUCAGGAUACGUGUAACUGGCAGCUGUUAGACGACUGCUUCGAGCUCCGUUACGGUGGUCAUGUAAUGCACUUCAACUACGUGUGGCUGAGGGAUCACUGUCGCUCGGCCUCGUGCUACAACUCCAAAACCAACCAGCGUAACCUGGACACCGGCGGCAUUGACCUCAACAUCCGACCCACGAAGACCCGAGUGGACGAGGAGAAUCUCUUCCUUACAUGGCCUGAUGGUCACAUUACACGGUACAACCUAGAGUGGUUGGCAAAGAACAGCUACGAGGGCCAGAAAUGGAGUGCUAUGCAACCGCGCAUCCUGUGGAACACAGAGAUUUACUCCAAUGCCAAGGUGCCUUCAGCCAGCUGGGAAAAGUUUAUGAGCUGUGAUGAAGAGCUGAAGACAUUUCUGAACAACUUCUUACUGUACGGUAUCGCGUUUGUAGAGGACGUUCCGGCCACGAUCGACGCGACCGAAACAGUGACCAAAAGAGUUAGCAUUAUCAGAGAGACGAUAUACGGCCGAAUGUGGAGUUUCACCUCGGAUUUUUCCCGUGGUGACACAGCGUACACGAAGCUGGCCCUGGACCGCCACACAGACACAUCUUACUUCCAAGAGCCUUGUGGGAUUCAGGUGUUCCACUGUCUGAGACACGAGGGAACCGCCGGCAGGACUCUGUUAGUGGACGGCUUCUACUCAGCCAACAAAGUGCUCGAGCAAUCUCCUGAAAACUUCGAGCUCCUCUCACGCGUCCCCAUCAAACACGAGUUCAUCGAGAACCUCGGUAACCAUAGCAACCACAUGAUCGGCAUCGGCCCCGUUCUCAGCGUCUACCCCUGGAACAACGAAGUCUACAUGAUCAGGUACAACAACUAUGACCGUGCGGUGAUCAACACAGUUCCUCACAACAUGGUUCAGCGCUGGUACGUGGCACACAGACAGCUCACUGAUGAGCUCAGGAAACCCGAGAACGAGCUGUGGGUCAAACUCAAACCAGGCAAGGUUCUCUUUAUCGAUAACUGGCGAGUGCUGCACGGUCGAGAAUCCUUCACAGGACUCCGUCAGCUCUGCGGAGGCUAUUUGACCAGAGAUGACGUGCUCAACACAGCUCGCUCGCUGGGCCUUCUGGUUUGAUCAUCUGCUCAACACCAAAGAAGAAGCUUAAUCAGUGUAGACUAGCAAAAAACACUGAACUGCAGCAUUAACGAAAUCUGUGAAUGUCAGAAGUUCACACCCACAGCCUUUAAGGGUCCUUAUCACCUCAACAAGGAAUCGUUCAUAUGGUUCUGUCAGUUUAAUGAAAGAUACCUUAGAAGACGACACACAGGGAAAUGAAGCUCGUUGGUACGAGAAACAAAAAUUCUAGCACUUUGACAACGAUGAUAUUCGGUGAUCAUGGUAAUGCUUUUAAAUGUAAAUGUUAACGUUUUGAUGUGGAAAGGGUUGAACCCACACAACAUGGUUUAUGUGCAUGUAUUGUAGCCUUUUAUGAAGAUUAUGGAACCUGCAAACUCAUGUAGUACGCUGUCAUAAUGUCGGCAAAAUUGUGCGAAGAGAUCGUUUUAAAAAUGCUGUCAAAAAGAAAAUACUGGAAUUUACUGUGAGGAGAACAGACGUACAUUUACUGUAAGAUGUUCCAGUCAUCAAGCUUCCAGGAAAACAGACAGCUGUUAUUAUUUUACUUAAAACUGAUAUAUACAUAAUUAUUUUUAAAAAAAUUACAGUAACUUUUCAGUAAUAGAUCAUUGUUAUUGUAAGAUCAUAUUUAAAGUGCAGUAUUUAAGGCAUCAUGAAGUAAUACUGUUGUUUUAAUUUUAGUAGCUAUUUUUGUAAUUAUUAUUAUUAUUAUUAUUAUUAUUAUGUCUGAUGGAUUUGAAUUUAUAUAUCUACCAAACAAAU